CCCCGCCCUCUCGCCGCGUCGCCGGUGCCUGCGCCGCCCGCCUCACUCUCUUGUGUCCCGGCAGAGGCCCGGGCGGCCAGCACGAGCACCGGCGACCAUGUUCCGACGCAAGCUCACGGCUCUGGACUACCACAACCCUGCAGGCUUCAACUGCAAAGAUGAAACAGAAUUUAGAAACUUCAUUGUUUGGCUUGAAGACCAGAAAAUUAGACACUACAAGAUUGAAGACAGAGGUAACCUGAGAAAUAUCCACAGCAGUGACUGGCCCAAGUUCUUCGAAAAGUAUCUCAGAGAUGUUAACUGUCCUUUCAAGAUUCAAGAGCGACAGGAAGCAAUUGACUGGCUUCUUGGUUUAGCUGUCAGACUUGAAUAUGGAGAUAAUGCUGAAAAAUACAAGGACUUAGUACCUGAUAACAGGAAAAAUACUGACAACACAGCUAAAAAUGCGGAACCAUUGAUCAACCUGGACGUAAAUAAUCCUGAUUUUAAGGCUGGUGUCAUGGCUCUGGCUAACCUCCUUCAGAUUCAGCGUCAUGAUGAUUACUUGGUAAUGCUUAAGGCAAUUCGCAUUUUGGUUCAGGAGCGUCUAACACAGGAUGCAGUUGCUAAAGCAAAUCAAACGAAAGAGGGCUUACCUGUUGCUUUAGACAAACAUAUUCUUGGCUUUGACACAGGAGAUGCAGUUCUGAAUGAAGCUGCUCAGAUCUUGCGAUUGCUGCACAUAGAAGAGCUCAGAGAGCUACAGACGAAAAUUAAUGAAGCCAUAGUAGCUGUUCAGGCAAUCAUUGCUGACCCAAAGACAGACCACAGACUGGGGAAAGUCGGAAGAUGAGCACAUCAGGAUUUCAGCUUCUCGCCUGCCUAGUGUGAUGGGAACCAUGUGCAUCAGCAUGUGUUUGGAAAUUAAAUGUCACAUUUUCGAGGGAGGAAUCCCAGGAAAUUGGCCGUGUUCUAGAGAUUUACCACCAUUGCUUUUUUUUUUUUCUUUAAUAAAGUUGGGGAAAGUAAAAGGGUUUUUUGUUUUGCUUUGAAAUAAUGUACCCUGUUUCUGUAAUUUUCGUGCAUCCUCCUUUAUGGUUAGAGAUUCAUCCCAACCAUGACUUCGUCCUGGAGACAGUAUCGAUCUUUAGACGAUUAGAAAGCUUUAAAGUUUUUUUAUUGGAUUUACAUAGAAAAUUUAAGAACUGCUACAUCUUUGGUGUUUUACAUGGAAUACUUUGAGGAAUGCUUCUGUAGAGGCACUUAGGGGGUCAUUUAGCACCUUUAAUAUAAAUAAAGUGAGGCCUUUUGCUGAGAAGUAUAAAUAGGCUGGGUCAUCCUGGUGAUCAUCAUAAUCCAUUACAGGGCUCUCAGAUGACUUUAGGAAUAAAUUUUCAUAACCAGCCACGUGUUUUACUUUUCUUGGGUAGGUAGAAUCCAUGGCAAAAAUCAGAUUUAGUGUCUUAAGCUCUUGGUGGGUCUUUGUUCAAUUAAUUUGGUCUUUUAAAUAAGUGUUUACAAAAAGUUGCUUUAAUAAGCAAUGACUAAAAUUCUUUAAACUUCUGAUAACCUUUGUUUUUAAAAAAUACAGUAGUAAUGAUUGAGGUAUACACUUCACAAAAUAUACUUAGUCUCGCUGCACUAAAAAUGCUCAUCUUGUGUGCCCAGAGCUCAUAACAGCCAAUUGCUUUUCCACUGCCUUUGCCUUUGUAGUAAAUGUUCUUAGGUCAAGAUUCUUGUUGUAAACUUGAAAUCCUCCUGUAUAUUCUGUGUUCAUUUUCUUCCUGUGAGGGAGUGGACAGCAGUGAAUGUUUCCUCAGUUAAGCAGCAUAGAAGGCAGUGCUGGCAGAGUUCCCAUCCCUUCCCCACCCACCGGACGAAGGACAUCAUGAUGACCCUGAUGACCUUACCUGUUGGACAGUAGGGGUAGACUGCAGUGAUCCCAUAGAGGUGAGACCGCUGCUCGGGGAGAUACUCAUCGGUAAAUUGACCACUGUCUUUAUUCACUGAUAUGACACCAUCCCUGGUAAGAGGAGAGGCAGUCAAGGCCAGUCACAAGAUGUUUUAGUAGGCAACAAUUUGACAGUUUUCCAUAUACAUAAAAACAAGCCAACAAUUCAGCUAAAUGAGUUUCAGUUCAAUUUGUCUAAAACCAGUGACUCUGGGCAUAGCUCCUAUGCCAGUAUCCUGGGAACUUCCAUGAAAUGCAAAUGCUGUAUGCCCUCCCUUGCCCUUCUAAGUCAAAACCCUAGAACAGCAUGCAGAAUGUAUUUUUUAACAUUUUGUAGCCGUAAGAGCUGAUGGCUGUGUCCCAGAGGUCUAAAGGGCAGCACUUACAUCUCACGUGAAAUAGGGAGCUGAGGGAAAGUGCUCAGACAUGCAACUUUGUUUUCUUUUUUAGGUCUUCUAAGCUCAGAGCCAAACCGUAUUUCUCUGUCUUUAAGGUAGACAGUUGAUGUUAUUUUUCUUAUUUUUUGGUUUUUCAAGACACGGUUUCUCUGUGUAGCCUUUACUGUCCUGUAGACCAGGCUAGCCAAACCUGUCUCAGCUUCCUGGUGUUAGGAUUAAAGGUAUAUGCCACCACACCCAUCUUGUUAAUGUAAUUUUUUAAAAAGGAAAACUUAAACUUUAUACCACUUAAAAGUAUUCAUUCUCUAAGAACAGAUUUAAAUAAAUGCUUCUUUUUAAGUAGUAUAUUACCAAAUAUCUUCAACUUAUAUGCUGCCUGCAAGCAAUACUAGUAAACUUCAGGAUGAUGUGGAAGGAUGACUUCAAAAAUAGGUGUCUACUGAAGGACAGGCAGCUCAACAGGACUUCCCAACUAGAGUUGCUGACUGGUAAAAUAGCAUGCUCUGCUCUCCAGAGUGGGGCUCACCUCCGCCAGUCUGUAUGGUAAAAGUGAUCUGCAUAGCUGACGAUGCUGAAGGGGUAAUUGAGAUGAUUUUGGAUGACACGCCGUCCGGUUCCAUCAGGAGAAACCAGGAUGAAACACGCCAAUGACAGUAAAAUAAAAUGCAUUGCCAAGUGCCCAUGGAAUGAAGCUGCUGACCUGAGGUAAGUAUGGUCUCGGGUUCUGCUCCUGCUUCCAGGCUGACACGGCUGAUGGUCCGACCAGCAACAUCUGUCCAGUAGACCAUCCUCUCCUGGCAGUCAUAGUCAAUCCCCACAACUAUGGAGCCCUUUCAGAACCAAUCAUGACAUCAGAAGAAUUAGGAUUCCCUUCAGUCCCUAACAUUAAAUUCAUGGCUACACAACAUUACUGUGAGCAGUCUGUACUGUGGUGGUACAGGGCGUGGAGCCCAGUAGUUAGACAAGGGAGGUAGUGACUCCUCCCUAAGGUCAAAGCCAGGCUUAGCCACUUAAUCUCUAUGCCUUUGUUUCCUCCAAUACUUCAAACAGUAAUAUGUUUAUAAAAUAGAGUUUUAAUGGCAACUACCAUACAGCAAGCUCCUUCAGCACUAUUAGAACUGGCUGUAAAAACAGUAAUUUCAUGAGGAAAAUCAGCCCUUUCACUACUGAGAGGAUCAUCUCCUCAAAAUAAGUCCUUAAUGCUCAAUGGUGCAAAAGAUGACUGCUUCCAAGUAUUACUGGCAUUUUCUCAAAGAGCCUUUCUAAAAUCUGACAACACAUGCCAACAAAACUUCCUCUACUGGAUGAACAGACUGAAAUCCUCCCCAACCUGAGGUGCAAUCACCCCUGCCUCUUAAUAUAAGCAUUCAGCUGUGUGGUACAGAAGAAAGCCUAUAAUUUUACAGUUUAAAGAACUGUGGUCACCUGGCCUUUGGCUAGCAUAGCCUCUCCCCUUUCUUCUGAGUGACAGUCUUAUUGAAAACCCCAAAUCUGGGAUGUUCCUGUUUGAAAUUCACACAGGACUUUCCAUUUCUAACCCAGAUUCCUGCUAUGAGAACCCCAGCAGACAUUUGAGACUCGACACAGGCCACACCUGUCCCUACCUCAUCUAGCAAAGCCUGGGGCUUGGCUUGUGCCUGAAGCAGUAGUCACCAGGAGACACUGUAUGAAGCAAGAUUUGGUGCCUUUGGCAUUUAUUUGCAGGGAUGGGGGGGGGGGGAAUCUAAGGUCUCAGUACUUUUAUUUGAAAAUCAAAAUUAAAAGGCCCUCUAUCUGAGGCAAGAGUACACAUUCAUACAGACAGCAAUGAACCCAGGGGCUCAUGGGAUUUAUAAACUAAGCUUCUUGGUAUGAAGGUCACAUUUUAGGUAAAUUGCUCUAAAGCGUGCUUAUAAUUCAUGUCUCCUUCCUCCUUCAGUUUCACGAUAGCCAUCUCCACCCUGCCCAUUAGACAUGUUCAGAAAUGCAAGCAAGCCAUCCAGUAUACCUAGAAUACAAGAUGGUUAGCAUGAGGAACCUUCUAAAGCAGUACACUCAGAUCGAGAGUGGGGAUGAAGCCUUGAAUCUUAAAAGGAAGAAAAAAAACCAAAGCCAAACCAAAUCAAAACAAAACAACAAACAGUCGUUGCUUUUAAGCUUCCUUGGAAUGAAACAGUAGUUCAUUAACAGUAAAUAUAGUGAACCCUGCCCUGUAUGCAGUCUGCUCACUGUGCAGUGAAGAAGGUCAGAGCAGUUUUCACAGUAAAUGGUGAUGCUUCUCCUCCCCACUGUGAAGGAGAACCCCCUCCUUCCACAAGUAGGUGUUCUGCUAGCUCAAGAAGUAAACUUGUCUUCUGGGGCUGGGGGAUGGUGCAAUAGCAGGCACACUCCCCAAAGUCACGAUGGACAUGGAAGAGGGAUAAAAUCAAAGUGACAGAACCAAAAUGAAAGGGGACAGGCUGACAAGUGGUCCUGGGUGGACUUCUACCCUACUGUCUCAAAUGACCACAGAGGUCACCUCCUGCUUUUUAGACUUCCAAGAUGUCUAUAACCUGAACAGAAUCCCCAGGAACUACAAUGAUCUUCCCAUAAACACCCGAUGACUCUGAAAUUCCUUACUGUCUAUCUGAACUUCCAUGAGCCCUCAGGACAAAGCAGCGAGAAUGGGACAGGUAUGACUUCCAACAACUGAAUUCCAUUAAGCAGACUGCAGCCCAGAAGCAUGCCAGAAUUCCCUGCACUGCAUUCCUUACCCUGUGGCACCCAGCAGAGGCUUCUGAAAACCACAAAGCACAGCUCCUCCACACCAACAACCCCAUUAACCUAGCUAACAUGCAGGCCCAUCCCCAUUUUUCUCAUGUAGCCCAGCCCUCUGGAGAAAUCCAGUUUACAUGCAGUGACAGCAGAGUCCUGGCUGCAUCCUUCUGAAGCCUGCUGCCAUUGAGAGGCAAGUGGCCAAUCUGCUGGCCCUGGGCAUAGAGCAGGAAGGUGCCCACAGAUGGAGGAGUCACAUCAGGGCGGGGUGUGGGUCGGACUAUAGGUGGAGUGACAGUAGGGAUACCUGUUUGUGGAAACAAGGUGGAGAGAGAAAAAAGUUACUUUUGUACACAACAACCUUCAAAACUAUCCAGUGCUUUCAUGGGACAGAUAUUCUUCAAAGAAAUUCUGGUUUCUAGGUGUUUUUCAAAGUUAUUUAAAUUGCUGACAAUACUCAGGACAUAAAGACAACAAAAUACUAGUCUCCAAACAAAGUAGAGGGUUUCUGUUGUCAUUUUUGGAGGGCCAAAAGCUUACUGGGGCCCCGGGGUGACAUUGCCCCUUUCACGCAGGGCUGGGAAGGCAGCCUUACAUGCUGGCUUGAGAUCAGCCAUUCUUAUAGCAGAAACUGCUAGUGGCAAAGCCAACAUUAAAUCUAGAUUGAGAUCCUGAGACAUUCUGAUGAUAAAUCAACACAGUGUAUCAAUGAGUGACUUUAUUCAUCAGACUUGGUAACCCUUUUAUCCUCCCUACCCUGCCCACCAUGGGAAGCAAAAACCUGACAGAAAGUCCUCAGUGGCACAGAGGGAAGACUAAGCCAUUCCAUGCUUACAUGCAGGCAUGGUGCCUGGUUGUGAGCGUGUGCCCUGCAGUUCUCUGCCGUCCUUGUCCACACACCAGCAGAAGUCACUCUUCCCAUGGCACUGUAGGGGUAUGAAGUGGCCCAGCUCGUCACACUGGGGCACAUACUGGUCAUCCCUGGGUGUGCCCCCAUAGUGUUCCAGCAGAUUUUCCCUCCAGCGCUCACAGACUGUCCGAGGCCUCUGGGUGGGCUCUAAGAUAAGAUGGGGAAACAAACCCUUAGAUGGUCAACCAAGAUCAGUACAACUUCAGGUCCCAAUCCCCGAUCUCUUGGCCUUUUUGGACACGCCCCUGGACACUGAGCCAGGGAAGCACACGUGUUCUCAGAAGAUCUCUGUGGAAACGCAGAAAAGGAAUCACCCUGAUGUUCCUAUCUCCCGAGACCAGGAGGACUUUCCAUGGAGGCCCAGUCACUUCAGAAAAUAACAAGGAAGACAAGCCAUCAGGAUUCCUCACUCAGUCCAGUGGAGAUGCACAUGGACCUGGUCUGUGCCCAGGGAUCCUCUGAUGACACAACACUCCAGAGACUCUUCAGGGACUCAAUGCACAUGACACUUAAAAACAAUUAUUCUUUCCCACUUGUUUCAAGUUCUUGAACCUAUUACCACAAGAUCCAUCUCCAGGCUGGCCUGUGUGUCUAGAAGAAAAAGGGCUGAAAAUCAUGCUGUGCUACAUGGAGCUCUCGGUUUCACUAGAAAGUUACAUGGAGCAAGCGAGACAGGGUGGUGUACAAAACACAGCAGAGGUGACACUGAGCAAUGUGAAACUGAUUCUUGGACUAUCCAGUUUCAAGAAAACCACAGCCAUCACAUUGCUGGGAGCUAUCUCAAAGCUGAUCCUUUUCUCCAACCUCCAGCUUUCUGCCACAAUGCUGUCCUGUUUUCUCCUGUACCCCUUUCCCCCAAAUCCUCCUCCUAUCCUCAGACUCUUGGUGCACACCAUGAUUAAAGAAAGCCUGGCUGGCUUCUGACAUGUCCAUUCCCUGCUAGGCUGCUGCCCCAGGGCCAUGGAGGCUCUCCCCUACACAUGCGGUUCUAUCUCCAAAGGCUCCACUUGUUGAAAUCACUUGCUCACUGAGCUUGGAUUAACCUAAAGGCAUUUCUGGUUCUGUCUUAAUUCCUGUAACUCAAAGCCUGUGGUCUACAGAAUCCCACAGCCAGUUAUCUCCUUGCUAUCACCGCCUGGAUGCACAAACAAACUCUCAGCACAAAAGUAAGUGCUGAGCUCCUGCUUUUUCCCAAACUGGCUCCUGUGCCUUCAGCUCCACUAAACAGCAACUACAUUUUCUAUUGCUCAGAUACAAUCACCAGAUUACCUCUUUCUCUCACCUCAAGUAAAAAAUGUCUCAUCAAUUUUACCCUCAAAAGCAUUUUGACUAGAGGCAGGCAGACACAGUGGUGCAUGAUUUUAAUCCUAGCACCCAGGACACAGAGGCAGGUGGAUUUCUGCGAGUUGAAGGCCAGCCUGUUCUACAUAGUGAAUUCCAGGACAGCCAUCGCUACAUAGUGAGCCCUGUUUCAAAAACACCCAAACAACAACAAAAACCCAUUUUGACUUCUUGCCACUUCUCCUGAGUGUGUCACCCUGGUCAGACAUUUCACACUGGGAUCAUGGCAACAGUACUCUGGUUGAAUUUCCUGUCCCCCCACUCCCCCGCCCACAACCAAACCGGUGUACACUCAGUCAGCAGCCACAGUGGCAUGUUUAAACCCAGGGGCAUCAUCUCACACCGGGACCAUGGCAACAGCCUUUUAUUUGGCUUUUCUGUUUCCAUCUUCCCAUGCUUUCACACCACCAAACCAGUGUACACUCAGCCAGCAGCUGCUUAAAACCCAGGGCAUCUUAGUAUAUUCUGUUCAUGACCCUCUAGACACUUCAAAGAACAAAGCUGGAGGUAUCAAAACAGGCUGCAAGGGUCCUGUCCUCUGAGAAGGUGGGUAUAUACAAAUAAAGACCCCAAUCUCAAGCUCCACAAGCCCUCUCAAGACUUCCAUCUGGGGAAGUGGCCACCCCCACAGGUUGUUAUAGUUCAUGACUCACAGGAAGCAAAGACAAUAAAGGCAUGACUCUGAUCUGCUCAGCCCUAAGUGUUCCAGGACCAAAGAAGGGGCUGCCACUCUCUCAAACAUCCACACUGAACAUCGCCAAGAGCCACUCUUGUUUCUGGGGACCAUCCAACAUGCCGAUGUGUCUGGAUGGAUGCAAACACACCUCAAGUCAACUGGGUCUCAGAUCACUCACAGAUGGGCACCUCUUUCAUCUCCUACUGCUUUAAGCAACACCCAACCAUGGGCUUACUUCUUCCCUGCUUCUGGUUGGUAAGGGUUCAAACAGUCUCAAGUCUAGAGUGCACAGCAAGCUAGCCUCCCUCCCACUGACCUGAUUAUACAAAUGAGAUUAGUCAGAGAUGGCAGGUAGGCCACACAGUGGCAAGAAAGAAGUCUGGGCCAUGAGAAUUCUGCACAAAAGAACGUGGCCCUUAUUUUAACAUUAUUAAAAUGUCAUUAACAUCUCAGCCUGAGUCACUAUCCUUAACACAUGUUUGUUUUAAUCAAAUUAGUAGAAUGCCAAGCCAUCCUUCCAAGGCCCCACCUCACCACUGACUUACAAACAGAGCUGAGGUUUUCCAGAGAAGCCACAGCAGAAACAGGACUUUUCUAAGGCAUCUUAGUUUUUAAGGUCUGUAGCCUUGUUCAUAAGUAAUUGGGGGGAGGGGGAGGUAGAAGAGGAUCAAUGUGGAGCAAUCCGUUACCAAUUUACCUGUGUGAAUCUUUCAAUUUGUUUAUUAAGAAUUUUGUACAAUGUAUUUUGAUGGUAUUCACCCUCUCUCCCCCAACUCUUCCCAGAUUCAUGUACUAAUUUUUAUGUACAUAUUCUUGGAAACACUAAAGCCCUGGCCAUGUUAUGAAUGUUAUAGAAUCAAAACUGUUGGAAAUUACCCAACUCUAUCUCCCUCACACAUUAAAGGCUGAGAUAAGUGAUUCUGUAAA